AACCAACUAGCAGCACCCAGAGUUCAUUUGACGUAACUGUAUGCUGACGUACACUUUUGUGUUUGUAUGCGGCUGUAAGCAAGCAGGGACAUCGACUGCACCAACCAAGAGGAAAUGCUCUGAAAUAUUUCAAGGUUCUCCACUCCCGACCCCAGAGCUGCGAGGUGCUAUGGCGGUGUUUGCGCUAAUGAUGCUGGAGGAAGGCGUCGGAGACGAAGUGACACUGGUCGGUGGCGUGGUCCUCCUGGCCUUGGCCAUGGUCCUUGCGUGGCUCUCCACGCAUGUGGCCGAGAAUGGCGACCACAUGAUGGGCACUAUCAUCUCCCCGCUGGUGGGUCUGGGGAACACUGAUCCAUACAGUCGGUCAGCUCCCAGCGCCGACCCCGUGGAGCCCCAGCCGACCACGCACUCUCAGGAGGACAAGCCAGAGGAUGAGGACUCGGGACUGGACUCUGCGGGAGGAGAGGAUUCAUCCCUGGACGAUGCCAGCGGACCAACUGGACCAGCUGUCAGCGGUGUUGUAGACCAGCAUUUGGACAUACAGGGUCUCCAUAAACGGACAGUAGUACCAAGCAGCCCUGUAUCCGCCAUGACUGCCUCUUUGCCCUCAGAGGAGGACCUGGACACGGAGAAAGGAAAAUCAACCGAGGGAAUGACCACUUCCUCGUCCUCCCCCUCUUCUUCCUCGUCCCCCUCUUCCUCCUCGUCCUCCUCUUCCUCCUCGUCCUCCUCUGCCUCGGCCACAGACACAGACAUCACAGUGAGACUGAAGUUUCUGAACGACACAGAGGAGCUGGCUGUUCUCAGGCCUCAGGACACUAUUGGCCUGCUCACAAGUAAAUAUUUCUCGGGGAAGGAGCGUCAGAUCAAACUGAUUUUCCAGGGCCAGUUGCUCCGAGAUCCCAGCCAGACCCUGCUCUCUCUCAACAUCGUCCAUAACAGCGUCGUCCACUGCCACAUCUCCCAGAACGUACCACCAGAGGGCGCUCUUCCAGAGGCUGACCCCAGGUCCGAAGGGUCAUCCCUGGGCUCGCAGGCUGAGCCGAGGCUGGGCCCCGGAGUCGGGUCGGGACCGGCCGCAGACGGAGGACUGGACAUGAACGUGGGCAGCCUGGUAGUGCCCAUGUUCGUGCUGAUGCUGGCGGUCAUCUGGUACUUCCGCAUCAACUACAGACAGCUGUUCACGGCCCCAGCCACCAUAUCUCUAGUGGGAGUCACCAUCUUCUUCAGCUUCCUAAUCUUCGGCAUGUAUGGACGCUGAGGUGACCGAACGGGGGGCAUCACGGAGAGGAGCUGUGGCGGUGGUGGUGGUGGUGACGACGACGUUAGGAGGGUUGCCAGGUUGGAGUGAGGUGCAGAGAUCCGCUUGCACUUGAGUGCAAGCAUGAGUAUUCUAUGGCAUGGCCGUGUUUUGUAUUUUUUAUGGCAUGCGAAGGACAUCAGCAUGUGUCCAAAGAGAGUAAUGUUAUUAAAAAAAACAAAAACAGAUAUGAAGUCGGAACAGGCUUUUCUAUUGUGGAAUUCGAAUGUUGAUUGUGUUGGCAUUCUCGCAGUCCAGGAACAAGGGCAGCAUAAAACAAUUUCACAACUUAAAUAGACGUUUGGCGAGAUGUUUGGUCAUCGCCGUGGUGAUCGCCAUGAUCAUCAGUAACAGUCCACAUUACUAACGCUUCAGUUAUGGAAACCUGCAUUGCAGUCACUUCUCUUAAAAUACAAGCUUCAUUCUUACCUCUGCUGGUAAGGAUGCCUUAAAGUAACAGUGUCUGAAAAGGAACUGUGAAGUGACAGGCACCCUGUAUAGGUUACAUACACACACACACACACACACACGUCAUUAGAUUUACAAGAUGUCUCACAUUACCACAGUGCCGUAUGAGGACAUUAACUCCCAUUGUUUCAAUACUGUAUAUGACGCAUAGUUCAUUCCAGGGUGGAAACUCAUUGUCUCCUGUUGACUUUGUACUCAAUCUGAUGUGAAUAAAGACUGGUGUGGAAAUGA